CCUCCCCUGUAGAUCUGACAGUUUUCAGGUGGGCGGAGCCAACAUGACGUGGCUCCACACAGCAGACAGGAAACACUGCACAUGAUGAACAGAUCAGAGCUCAAACUGCUUUCACUCAAAGUGAAACUUAACCAGUCACUGAGACACGAAGCAGAAAUGGAGCAGAAAGGAGUUGAGUUGGAUCAGGAAACAAUUUCUUGUUCGAUCUGUUUGGAUCUACUGAAGGAUCCGGUGACUGUUCCCUGUGGACACAGCUACUGUAUGAGCUGUAUUCAAACCCACUGGGAUGGAGAGGACGGGAAGAACCUCCACAGCUGCCCUCAGUGCAGACAGACCUUCACACCCAGGCCUGUCCUGGUGAAAAACACUAUGAUGGCAGUUUUAGUGGAACAGUUGAAGAAGACUGGACUUGGAGCUGCUGCAGCUGAUCACUGCUACGCUGGAGCUGAAGAUGUGGCCUGUGAUGUGUGCACUGGGAGGAAACUGAAAGCCGUCAAGUCAUGUCUGGUGUGUUUGGCUUCUUACUGCGACAAACACCUUCAACGUCAUUAUGAUGUGGCUCCGUUAAAGAAACACAAGCUGAUGGAUCCAUCCCAGAAGCUCCAGGAGAACAUCUGCCCUCAUCAUGAUGAGGUGAUGAAGAUGUUCUGCCGCACUGAUGGUCAGUGUAUCUGUUAUGUCUGCUCUGUGGAAGAACAUAAAGGCCACGAUACAGUCACAUCUGCUGCAGAAAGGACUGACAAGCAGACAGAGCUGGAGGUGAGUCGACAGAAAAUCCAGCAGAGAAUCAAAGACAAACAGAAAGAUGUGAAGGUGCUUCAACAGGAGGUGGAUAUCAUCAGUCGCUCUGCUGAUGAAGCAGUGGAAAAGAGCGACAGGAUCCUGACUGAGCAGAUUCGACUGAUGGAGGAAAGAAGGUGUGAUGUGAAGAAGCAGAUCAGAUCCCAGCAGGAAACGGAAGUGAGUCGAGUCAAAGAGCUGGAGUCGAAGCUGGAGCAGGAGAUCACUGAGCUGAGGAGGAAAGACGAAGAGAUGGAUAAACUGUCACACACACACGACCACAACCAGUUUUUACACCAGUAUCCAUCAGUGUCUGAACUCAGUGAAGAUCCAGACUCAUCUGGCAUCGACGUCCGUCCUCUGAGUUACUUUGAGGAUGUGACGACAGCUGUGUCAGAGCUCAGAGAUAACCUACGGCACAGUCUGACAGAGGGAUGGACCAACAUCUCACUGAGCAUCACUCAACCACAGGUUUUACUACAACCUGAACCAAGGACCAGAGCAGGAUUCUUACAAUUUUCACGUAAAAUCACACUAGAUCCAAACACAGUGAAUGACAGUCUGUCACUGUCUGGGGAGAAUAAAAGAGCAACACAUCAAUCACAGAACUAUCAUGAUCAUCCAGACAGAUUCAGUAACUUUUGUCAGGUCCUGAGCACAGAGAGUCUGACUGGUCGAUGUUACUGGGAAGUGGAGUGGAGGGGGACGAACGUUCGAGUCGGAGUCGCAUAUAAGGAUAUUAAGAGAAAAGGAGGCUCUACGGAAUGUGCAUUUGGAUACAAUGACAAAUCUUGGGCUUUACAUUGUGACAAUAACGCUCCUGCAUUUCGUCAUAACCAUGUCCAGUCUUUGGUCCCAGGUCCAGUUUCCUCCAGAAUCGGAGUGUACCUGGAUCACACUGCAGGUAUUCUGUCCUUCUACAGCGUCUCUGACACUAUGACUCUAAUCCACAGAGUCCAGGGCACAUUCACUCAGCCCCUGCAUGCUGGACUUUAUCUUUGGGGCAGUAGAGACACUGCAUACUUUCCUCAACUCCAGUAAACUCAUCCUUUACUUGGAUCAGAUCGAUCUUUUUGUAUCUGACUCUAAACCACACGACAGAAGAACAGAUCAACUUUGUUUCCUGAACUCACAAUUCAGAUUUGAUAACAUUUAGACUGUUUUCAGAGGACUCUAAUAGUCAACACUAUCUGACUAUCAACCAGGUAGAGCUGCAAUGAGUACUCCAGCAACUCGAGUACAAAAAAUCCUCAAAUUUUUUUUUUUUUUUUGCCUCAAGUAUUCAUUUAAUUAUUCAUUUAGUUAAAGUAGUCAUUUGCGUUCUGUCCUGGGGAUUGUGUUUUACACAGACUGUAAACAGUGACGCACGAAAGUUGUUUCUAUGGAAGAGAGCAAGGAGACUGUCCACAAAAGGCAAACGACGCCCAAAGUUUGGGAUGACUUCAAAGUUAAAAAAAAAGAGAAUCUUGUGAAAUGUGUGUAAGUCCACAUCUGAAGCCAGCACAAGGUAAAUGCCUGUCUUCCACUCAACAGCAGCAUAACAUUAGCUUAUUUAACAUGAUUAUUAACUGAGAAACACAGCAGCACUGGGUAGAACGGAGGCGAUGCAUUUGUUGUAGUCGAUAAUAAUGAGUCUUGAUGAUGAAAUCCAAUUACUUGAUUAAUUGUUGAAAUACUUAUUAGAAUACUCAACUUCAAAAAGAAUCGAUAGCUGCAGCCCUACAACCAGCCAGGGGUGGGGGUGGGGUAACUGCCACCCCCUACCGUAGAGCUUUGCCACCCUAGCUGCCCCGCCCAGUUUUAAUUGUAAAUAUAAUUUUAGGCGUCUUUCUGCAGGAGGAGUCCGUUUCCCCAAAUGAUAUUUUAACACACAAAAUUAAAGUUAAAGUAACUGUAUAAUGAAUUGAAUGUAUGCUAAAGGUGACGAACGGGCACAGUUCAAUACAUGCAUUAACCUCCUAAGACCCAGGAAAUGUCAGCAAAGUACAAGCUUUUUUUUGCUUUGUAUUAAAUAAGUGCCUAUAUUGGAAACAUCAU